CUUGCUUUUUUAGUGCGAAAGGGAUAGAGGUGGCCCUUAUUGAGUCCAUAUGGAAGGCAGCCGUAUAAACACAGCUAAUUGCUAGCUAUCCAAACCCCUUGCUAAAGCGUGUGCUUGUUCUUCACUGUCUCUUAAACCCUAAAUCGCUGCCCACGAAUUCCCCACGCUUCUUUCUUUGUUCUUAAAUAUUUGGUGUCUAAAUCUCUCCUCCUAAUACCAUUCUCCACCAAACCCUCUUCCAAAUCCCUCUCUUUUUGAGUAUAUAUGGGUGACCAAAAGCUCCCAAUGAACGAGCUGAGCCAAACACCCAUUGACCCUCUUGUUCCUUCUGUCCCCACAUCCCAAAAUCCUAAUCCAAAUCCAAAUCCAAACACCCAAGUGGCUGAACCACGAGCUUUGGUUCAAGAACUGCCGCCGCCGCCGCCGCCGCCACCACCAUCUUCCAUGGCUUCUUCAAUUACUUCUUCUUCUUCAACUAAGAAGCAUUCUUUGUAUAGAGGAAUCCGGUGCCGGAGCGGCAAAUGGGUGUCGGAGAUUCGAGAGCCACGUAAGACGAAGCGGAUAUGGCUCGGUACAUUUCCGACGCCUGAGAUGGCUGCUGCUGCUUACGACGUCGCUGCACUUGCUCUUCGAGGUGACGACGCUGUCCUUAACUUCCCUGCCUCCAUUCCCUCCUACCCUAUUCCUGCCUCGACUUCUCCUAUCGAUAUACGCGCUGCUGCUUCUACUGCUGCUGCUGCUUCCGCUGCUAAUACGUUGAAGAAAGUUGAAGGCGCUUGUAGUAAUAUUGAUGAUACGAAGAUUAUUACGGUUGAAGAUUGUAGCAAUACAACGUUGUUGAAAACGGAGGAGUUUGUGGAUGAAGAAGAGAUUUUUGGUAUGCCGAGUUUGCUGGCUGAUAUGGCUGAGGGGAUGAUGGUGUCACCGCCGAGAAUAAACUCGCCGCCACCGUCCGAUGACUCGAUCGAGAAUUCAGAUGGAACGGAAAGCUUAUGGAGCUACUUGUGAUGAUAAUGAAUUAAGAUUAACUACAAAGUUUUGAUUUGUGGUAUACUUUUUUUGGUCUAUUCAUUGGUUGUAACUAUGAUGGUAACUAAAACAUUACAACAUUAAAACAUUACAUUACAACAACCUAGGACCAAAAUUCGGGUAUGAUUCCAACAUUCUAUUGCAGUUUUACGGUAUAAUCAGA